AUGGACGGAUUGUGGGCACGGAAGGACGGCGGAAACGGUCUUGUGGACGAGCAGGGACUCCGUGCACCACUCUCGGGUGGACUCGGUUGGGAGUCCAGGAUGCGUUCCCGCUGGAAUGACUGGCUGCGCAAGCUCGACGUUUACCCCAAGACUGUCGAGGACGUGCGCUUACGUUCUGUGACAGGAGGCAUCAUCGCUUUAUUUUCGUACAUUUGCAUCGGUAUUCUGGUCGUUUCAGAGUUUCUGCGGUGGUUGCAGCCCCAGCUCCACUCUAACGUGCUCGUGGACGCGCGCUCGAUUCUCGAUACCGAGCCAAUCACGGUAGAUCUGGGCAUAGAUCUCCUCGCUGUCGGUUGUGACGAGUUUAGCCUUGACGCGCUCACUGCGAACGGCGCGCAGCUCCCCAACAGUGUUGUGGAGCUGCGUAAACGCCCAUUGGAUGCGAGCGGUCAACCUGUGAUAUUUCCCCGAGGUGCAUUCGGACGCAGUCGUCUGCGGAACGAGCGAGGUGGCGUAGCGCCAGCACCUCAGGCGCUAACGGAAGACCCGCCAAACACACAGCAACUCGAAGGGCGAGUAUCCCAGGAAGUACGCGCGCAACUGAAACAGUAUCGCGAAGAGGCGAUAGCUUUCCGUGAUCGCCUUGCAGCGUUGAACAAGACCGGUGUUGCGUAUUGUGGCUCCUGUUAUGGUGCUGUGCCUCAAACAGAUCAAGUCGGGGAGGCGAAUCAAAUAACGUCCGGAGUAUGCUGCAACACCUGUGAUGAAAUUCGCGUCCUGUACGAGGAACGGAACUGGGCAUUCGAUCAAGUGCUUCGAACGGCGGAGCAGUGUGCUGAAAAACGCUACUUGACGCUGCUUCACGAAGCCGGUCGUGUUCAGUCUGGUGGCUGUCGAGUGUCCGCACGUUUACAGCUACCACGGGUGGCGGGCAACUUUCACUUUGCUCCGGGCAAGGGCCAUACGCACCGUAUGGGCCAUCAUGUUCAUUCGGUAGAUGAUCAGUUGCUCCACCGCACCUAUAAUUUCUCGCACCGUAUUCGGCAUUUGCGGUUUGGUCCGCUGUUCCCGCACCAGCAGAAUCCACUUGACGGCGCGAUGCGGAUUCUGGAGCAACCGCCGCCGGGGUCACCUUUUGGCAACAUGGUGCUGUAUUAUUGCAAGCUUAUACCGACAACAUACCGUCGAGACCGCCAGCGCGGCGACGCACUUCGAUCGAUGGAGUACGCAGCCGCAGACCUGACACAAUCAUCGGAACAGGAUCGGGUGGGAAUCACGCAUAGUACGGGUGCAUUGCCAGGAAUAUUCUUUUUUUACGAACCUCAGCCUUUGCAAAUCGCGUACUUUGAAGGUCGGAUGUACGGUUUGCUGCAUUUCAUCGUCCAGCUAUGUGCCAUUGUUGGAGGCGUUUUUACCGUAAGCAGUAUGAUCGAUCGUUUUGUAUUUGGGGCGGGAACCUUCAUUCGGGCGCAGAAGCGCCGGCUCGGCAAGCUUGGGUAA